AUGAUUAAGAAGUUCGUGUAUCACAUCGUGGCAUAUAUCAUUUUUGCACUUAAUCUAAAAUUAUUUUUUCAUAAAAUUUUGUUUACAUCAUGGAUAUGGGACUUUUAUCAUAUAUAUUUCUGUUUACUAGUUCUAUAUGUUAGCUUGUUGGUAAUAUACGCAAUUGGAGUUUACUGUAAUUUGAAGAAGUUCGAUCUCAAGAAUUAUCCAGCAGAUCAAAUUCAGUCAUGUAAAAAUUAUGUAAAUAAAAAAAACGUGCAUCCCUAUUCGUCCUUCGAGAGGCUUGACUUGGUGAAUAUGAAAUUUACUAAGCUCCUGUAUGGUGCAAUUUUUAUGGCCCCAUGGAAAAUAGUAGCACAUCUGGUUGUAGCCUUAACGAAUAUAAUCGUUUGUGCCAUAUUCUCAUUUUUUAUGGGAAAGAAUAGAGAAGAUGAAGAAAAUGCAAUAGUAAAAAUUUACUUAAAAUUUCUCAAGGUUAUUUGUAGAAUUUCAUUAUGGUUAUUCGGAAUUAACGAUAUAGAAAGUCAUUAUCUGUGUGACACAGAUUGGCCAAAAAAUAUAGUAGCAAAUCAUGUAUCUGCAUUAGAUCCCUUUUAUUUUAUAAGUGAACAUGCAUGUAGUUUUGUUGCAAAGAAAUCAUUACGUAAAGAUGCAUUUAUUGGAUUAAGUGUUAUAGCCUUAAGAUGUGUAUUUGUGUAUAGGGAAAAAUCAGAAGAUAGAAAAAUUUCUUUGGAGAGUAUCAAAGAAAGACAAACAAUGGUUGAACAUAAAAAAAACAAUGUCCCAUCUUUUGUUAUAUUUUCUGAAGGAACAACAUCUAAUGGAAUGCAAAUUAUUGAACAGAAAAAAGGAGCAUUCUUUUCUUUACUCCCAAUAACCCCAGUUCUCUUGGUUUAUGACUAUGAUUUUUUUAAUCCCUCUUAUGAUAUUCUUCCAUUUACCUGGUGGUUCAUCCUGAUAGAGUCCAAUUAUCAAAGCAUAUCCUUGAAAACAUAUUGGUUGCCAAAAGUUUACCCUCCAGAUAAGAAGAAAUAUCCUAACAUGACUGAUGAAGAACGAAUUAACAUAUUCCAUGAUGAAGUAUCGAAAAUAAUGUUUGAAAAUAUGAAGAAGUAUAAUCCGAAGGCUCCUAAAGAUAUAGAUGAUUACAGAGACUGGCCAGGAUCACUACGUACAAAAAUAGAAUUUUUUCAAUCCGCCUUGGGAAAUAUAGCAACAAAGUAUUUAAAUAACGAAAAACAACGAAGUGAAAAAAAAUAA